UGAAGUUGAAACUUAUAAGAAGGAAGAAAGAAAAAUGAAAAGAUUUCUCGCGUUAAUAUAGUUUAGUUUUAAUGAGACCCCUGAAAUAAAGCUAUUUUUGUACAUAAGAUUAUUUCGUUAUUUGGUAUUUGCCAUUUUUCCGUGAAUCAAUUAAGGGAAUAUCCAACUAAUGAAAAUAUACAGUGCCAAUGAAUAAGAAUCUGUCAGAGUAUUGAAUUAUUAAUAUUUUAAAAAAGUGAUAAAAGACAGAAGAAAAAGGCAUUAAGCAGUGCCACAAAGUCAAGAGUUUAACGGUCGUUGUGGAGCAUAAAAGAAAAUUUAUUAGAAUCUAUUAAUCAUGGAAGGCUUUACUAUGGUUGAUCUUCAGGCAUUGUCCAUAAAUCGAGAUGAUCAUAAUAAUGGAAGCUUUAGGAGAAAAAAGGAGCUUGAACUCGCUGAUAUGUUUAAAGAUUCCACCAUCGAGAAAUUGCCUGAUAAAGUUCUCCUCAAUAUUUUCUCAUAUCUAUCUCAUUUGGAAAUUUGUCGCAUGGCUACUAUAUCUCGUCGAUGGAGACAAAUUGCAUACGACAGCCGACUGUGGAAGAAUGUCUCGUUGCGUCCUGAAAUUUCUGGGCUUCACGUGGGAUCUUUAGAAUCUCUUAUGACACUCAUUUCAGCACGUUUUGGUCCAUCUUUACGCUAUCUCGAACUUCCAAUUGAAUUAAUUACUCACCAUGUUCUGCAUGAAUUGGCUGCAAAAUGUCCAAACUUGACUCAUAUGUUGCUUGAUUUUCAACAGGCCAUGCAACUUCAUGAUUUUUCAGAACUUCAAGCUUUUCCUGCCAAGCUUAGAUAUUUGUGUAUUUGCCUGUCUGAAGUCAUUUUCAUGGAAGGCUUUAUGAGAAAGAUCUAUAACUUUAUCAAUGGAUUGGAAGUGUUGCAUUUGGUUGGAACUUACGAGAAAACUGAUCAAGAGGAGGAGGAAAUUUAUGAAGUCAUUAACGUGCACAAAUUAAAAGCAGCAACACCAAAUCUUCGUGUCAUUAACCUUUACGGAAUCAACUUCAUUGACGAUUCACACAUUGAUGCGUUCAGUUCCAAUUGUAUUCAACUUGAAUGCUUAGCUGUAAAUUUUUGUAACAAAGUCACAGGAGCUACAUUAAAGACACUGUUUCAACGAUCGAAACGAUUGAAGUGCUUACUCAUGAAUGGAACAAGCCUUCAGUCAGAACAUGUUAUGACAGUUGAAUGGGACAAAACAAUUCUGCAAGAACUUGACAUCACAGCAACAGACUUAUCAAGUGAGUGCCUCAUUGACAUGCUGACUAGAAUUCCGUCUUUAAAGUUCUUGAGUGCUGGUCAAAUUAAUGGAUUUAAUGACUCAGUUUUAAAAGCUUGGAUGGAAUCAGGAAAUUGCAAAUCGUUAUUAUCUUUGGAUCUUGAUGCAUCUGACAAUCUUUCGGACGAAAUUUUAAUCAAGUUUGUAACUCGAUAUGGCGCUCAGCUUCAAGCUUGCAUAUUAAGUGGAAUGGCGCAUAUUACUGAUCAACUAUGGAUGACAAUCCUUCCUAUUUUAAAAUCAGCUAAAAUUCUUGUCAUGGGUUGUCAUGAGCGUUUAUCUGUUAAUAUCCAUGUUGAUCAGCUAAUGGAUGCUAUUGCUACAAACUGUCCAAAAUUAGAGCGACUUGAACUUAGAUGGGAUCCAGAAAAUCUCCGUUUCUCAGAUAAAAGUCAAAAGGCAAUUGAUUUGUUGCGUGUUAAAUGUUUGAAACUUCGAUGCAUGGUCCUCAGCGAUGGGAGAUACUAUGAACUCGUCAAGGCUAAUUUCGAGAGAGCUGAUAGAAUGACAGUAGUAAGGAAUACAACAUGUUGCAGAGUAUCUCCCUACUACAUGAUUCAAAAUUAUAAUGAUUUAAUUUUCAAUUAAAUUUAUUUACAAUUCAUAUCCUCAUUAAUUUUUUAUUGUUGAACUUGAGUUGUUGUAAAGUUAUAAACUCAAUUUUUGAGCACAAAAAAGUCACUUUUUUUAAAUCAACAGC